CUCUUAGUGAAGUAUCAGAAGAAGAACAUGGAGUUUCUAGUAGAGGCAAUACCUUUAAUUCUAAACCAGAAUCAAGCAUCACUCCUAAAUAAAAUCCAAGAGGAAGAUAAGUUAGACCAUGUUGAAGACUCCCUUUCAAAUGAUUCUGAUUCAAGUCCUUUCAAAGGCAUUGUCAGACACUCUACUUUGAAUCCUCAAAAUACCCUAAAUUGUUUGGAAAAUCCAAACGAGCUGGAUAUUCUGAAUAGCCACAUCAAAAAGUCUGAAAUCAUCGGUAAAAGCCCUAUUCCUAAGAAUAAGAUAAAACUUCCAAAGAUUCUAGUGCUAAUAUCGAAAUAUCCUAUUUAUAAGGACUUAGAGCAAUUUCUGACCAAAAUUAUAAACCACUGUAUGGAUAAUACCAGUAUCCCUAUUGAAAGGAUGAUUACUAAUCUAAUAUAUGAGUUCCCCCACCCAGGAUUCAAGUAUAUCAUCAAGAGUAAAUACUGGGGCACUAAAGAAUGCUACAAAUUUAAAUACGAAACAGUAGAUUCCCUUCCUUACUGUGAGCCGAAACAUUUCUUAGAACUCUCUCCAUUCUACGAAAACUCACUUGUAAUCUGGGAUGUAAUGGAAAGAGUUCUGUUUGAAGAUCCAGUAAUCCUUGUUUCCAAAUCAAUAGAUUCCUUAAUCUCAUGGAGUGAGAUCUUAAAAUAACAUUAUCUUCCCAUUCAAAUUCUCUGGCUUAAUAAUCCCCUACAUGUGUAGGCCAGACUUAAUCCUAAUGUUCUUAUCCUCAGACUCAAACUGUAAAUACAUGCUCGGGCUGACACCUGAAUCAUACAAAUACGUCAAAGCGUACCUCCCCUCCAAAGUAACCUGCUUCGAUAUCGACUCUCAAAAACUGCUCCAAAACAGGGACGAAUUCAUGCAAGCCACCGAAGCCUUCAUCAUAACCCAAAGACAAGACUCAAAAGAAUCCUCCAGGCUAACCCUGCCUUACGACUCCUACACAGGAAAACUAAAAGAGCUUGAAUCCAUCCUAAAAUCUAUCACCAAGAAGAAGACCAGAGACUACAAAGAUACAGUAACCUACGCUACCAGAAUCAGAAAUUUCUUCUUCAACUACUUCAUGGACGACAUACUACAGAUCACGAAAUGUGACUACAGUCAGAAGGAAGGAUACCAGCACCCAGAGGUCAGGAAGAGACUACCCAAGUGGCAUAGGAGUUUUAUCGACGCUUUUGUAAAUACUCAGGUGUUCCAAAAAUUUGAAAUGAAGAUCAGAAAGUGAACAACUCCGGAGACAGAGAAAUUGGAUAGAUUAAUUCAGAAUUUUAGGAAAGAUUCGAAAACUAAAGAAAACCAUAGUGAUAUGAGAGAGACGUUGAAUACCGAUUUAAAUCUGAAAAAACUUAGCUAUCACAAACUUGCUGGCAUGUAUUAUAACUCGUAUAUUAAUUAUUCUGAUUACCGUGGGCUCCCGAUCAAAGAACAAAUUCAAUCAUCUCCCGAUCUUUCUCCAUUUAUUGAUGAAGAGAAUUUAAGAAGCUCGAAAAUAAGUGUAAUUACAAUGGCUGAGAUUAAUCGUGAUCACCGAUACUCCAGUCUCAAGAAGAGCCCAAGACCAGAUAUGAAAUCAAAAGAAGAUUCGAAGCCGAAGGGGCAUUCUGACAAGUCUCCUUCUCCAGGAACAUGCUAUCGAUAUACCUAUUUUCCAAAACUCCUAAAUGAGCUCGUAGACACUCCUGAGGCGAUCAGGGAGAUUAACUGGCCUCCAAUAGCCUUUGCUGGUAGUACAGGAGGAUAUCUUCAUGAUGUCUUCAAACCCAAGAGUAUACAUUACACUAAGGAGAACAUCAAUGAUGCAAUCUGGCUGGCAACCUGGAUCAGCACUUAUUGGUAUCAUGAAAGCCCAGAAAAAUAGAAUCCAUAUCAUUCAGUUGUUAAGUGAAUUACCCAAAAUGAACUUCUCCUCUAAGCAGAAAGAACUCCUCUUAUCCCAAAUAGUUGACAAUAUUGAGGCGUUUGGAACUCCUCUGGUGUCUGCAGAGAAUUUGUCUUAUCUUCUCCAUUGCUUGUUUAGACCGGUUCAAGAAAAGAUCACUUCAAAUAGAUCAGAUGACAUGGCAAACGCUGUGUUUAAUGUUGAUUGGAGACACCAAAACCAACUCAUGCUAUGAUUUUAUAAACUUGCUCUUGGAAAGAAGCUCAAAGUUACAAAUCACAACAAUAGAAUCUCCCUUUUUGACGGAAGACAGUCAAGCAUCAGUUCUAAUUUCAGUAUGGUACCAUACACAUUCAAGAAAUCAGGUGACGUAGAGGAGAAGCCUGAGCCUGUCGGUCUCAGUCUCCGAGGAGAGGCUAGAUCAAUUAGCAUUCCUUUAUCUUCCUCAAAUAAUUUCGUAGCUAACAAAAUUGAGAAGGCCAAUUCACUAGCGAGCAAGAGGAAAGAGAUUCAUCGUAAAAAGAACUUAACACCAAGAGGAAACCAAGGAGAUUACAAUUUUGAUCAAAAGUCCAAAACCUCCAUUUCCAACUUCGAUAAUUUAAAUGACUGAGUAAUAAAUGAAAAUUUUUCAGAUACCACAGAUGAUUAUCAUCAAAAGCCAAGGAAAAUUUAUAAAAGAACUUUGAGAAAAGAACCAUCAGAUACUGAAUAUGAGUACCAAAUCCGGCCAAAUGUUCAAUGCAUUGAGUGCAAGAAGAGCAUGCCUUUGACAGUCAUUGAUAAAGCAACUCCAAAUGAUGGCCACAAAGUACCCUUGCAGGAAAAAGUGAUCAAAGAGAAGGAAGCUCUCUCCAAAUGUCCCCAGUGCUUGAGAGAUACUCUGAAAGUCACUUUGAUUAUCUCCAAAUGCAAAAUCUUCUCUAUGAACAGAAAGAGGAAGUUUGAAUACCAUGAUGAGAUAAAAUACUCUGGCUCCUUCAGCUUGUUCUGGAAGCUCAGAGAGUUUCAUAAUGAAGAAAUCCCACAGAACAGAUCCUCUCCGAAAAAGAGCGGAUCUCAUUCUCUUAAAUACAAUGGAGUGAUGAAAGAGAUAAGUUGUUUCAGGCAAUGAUCCAAGUUACUUCAAUUAGACGUGAUUCAGCUGUUUCAACAUUCAAAGGAGUUGUUUUGGAACUUGAUGUACAGGUUCAUCAAAGACAAAAAGGACUACAUAUUCUUGCUUCCUUAUGAAGCAGAUAUACUUGGUGUAGAGGACAAUAAUCAGAAUGACCACAAUGCUGGAUCUGACAUGAAUUCUGAAAGCAUUGAAAACUCUCCAGCAAACAGCUCUCAUUUUGAUAUGGCUAAAAACAUGCUCUCUAAAAAUAGAAAGAGAAGAGGAAAACUUCUUGAUGACGAUGAAGUGAGCCAAAAAGAUAAAAGAAUCAGCGAAAAGUUCUAA